ACUUCACAAGACUUAUCGGAAAAAGUCGGUGGAAGCCAUUUCUCUCUAGCUGCUGCUGCUACUCUCGACUGGCGUUAUCCUUAACAAUGGCGGUACUACUCAACACUACGUUAUCCUCUUCACUCUUAUCCAACUCCAAGACCACUCGAUUUCGAACUUCAUUCACUCAGAUGCCGAUUUCAGUCUCCUUCUCUCGUCGGAGACUGACGGUUAGAGCCACAGAGACUCAGAAAGAAGAUAAGUCUCAGGUACCAGAUAAGGCACCUGCUAAAGGUGGAUCGAGCAUCAAUCAGAUCCUCGGCAUUAAAGGAGCGAAGCAAGAGAAGGAUAAAUGGAAGAUCCGUGUUCAACUAACAAAGCCUGUUACAUGGCCUCCAUUGAUUUGGGGAGUGGUUUGUGGUGCUGCUGCUUCUGGAAAUUUCCAUUGGACAUUGGAGGAUGUUGCCAAAUCAGUUGUAUGCAUGCUAAUGUCUGGGCCAUGCUUGACUGGCUAUACACAGACAAUCAAUGAUUGGUAUGAUAGGGACAUUGAUGCUAUUAAUGAACCUUAUCGUCCUAUUCCAUCAGGUGCCAUAUCCGAGAAUGAGGUCAUUACCCAAAUAUGGGUGUUGCUUCUAGCAGGUCUUGGAUUGGGUGGUAUUUUGGAUGUGUGGGCAGGGCAUAACUUCCCUAUAAUCUUUUACCUUGCUUUGGGUGGAUCGUUGCUCUCUUAUAUUUAUUCAGCACCACCUUUAAAGCUCAAGCAGAAUGGCUGGAUUGGAAAUUUUGCCUUAGGAGCUAGCUAUAUUAGUUUACCUUGGUGGGCUGGUCAAGCACUGUUUGGGACAUUAACACCUGAUAUAAUCGUCCUCACUCUCUUAUAUAGCGUAGCAGGGUUGGGCAUUGCCAUUGUAAAUGACUUUAAAAGUGUUGAAGGAGAUAGAGCAAUGGGACUUCAGUCACUUCCAGUGGCUUUUGGUUCUGAGACUGCCAAAUGGAUAUGUGUUGGUGCUAUAGACAUAACUCAGAUUUCAGUUGCUGGUUAUUUGCUAGCUGUAGGUAAGCCAAAUUACGCAUUGGCUUUACUAGCAUUGAUAGUUCCACAAGUAUUUUUCCAGUUUAAAUAUUUCCUCAAAGACCCUGUCAAAUACGAUGUCAAAUAUCAGGCUAGUGCGCAACCAUUCCUUAUUCUCGGCCUAUUGGUUACUGCUUUAGCCACUAGCCACUGAUUGACACGUUUGAUCCCUUCCAUAAUUGAAGAAGAGAGAAUGUCCUGCAGAAUAUUAGUUGUCAAGAAUAGGAACACUGUCGAGUUUAUAUAGGGCUGGUUUGGUUUUACACUUGCAGGGAAGUCUAUGGCAAGAAAAUCAGGUGCACGUUUAAUGUGUAUUAGUAAUUGUAAGACGAAAAGAAAAUAUGUAGAAUUAAAAUUUUCCAUUCAUGAUUUUAAGUGGAGUAUUUUGUACCAAGAAGUGUUUAUCAACAUAGUGCUUGUAGUUAUGAAUUGUGUAGUACAUAUAGCAUUUGCUUUAAAUUUAACUCUCA